UCGCCGCGCGCUCUGCUUCCGGGCGGCGCUGCGGCGGGCGGGGGCGAGGAGGCGCGGGGCCGCCGCUGCCAUGUCCGCUGCGGGACGCGCUCCCGGGCCCGGGUCCGGAGCCGCCUCUCGGUGCUCCUAGAACAUGGAUGUUUGCUAAAACUUGUACUGGGUCUGCAAAACCCUGUGAUCGAAAAAGGAGCUGUCAGGAUGGAGAGAUCCUUCUCAAAAACAAAAUUAAGGAAUUGCUCGCAGCUUUUAAACAAAGUGUGGAAUGGGAAUUUACUGCUGGAUGGCUCAAAGUAUAAUGUGAAAUCUUUGUCCAUACUGAAGAGCUUAGUUUGGGAUUUUUCUAAGAAAUUACACAAUGAAACAGCGUCAGAUAACAAAAAUGAAGGACAAGGGACCGGAUGGGACCUGCUUUGAAGACUGCCGAGGAACACACGAGUUGAAUCAUUUAAGCAUUAGAAUAGUAAUACCCAUGGAAGAGCCACAAGACUUACCCGAACAACCAGUGAAAAAAGCCAAGAUGCAGGAAUCCAGAGAACAAAGCUUGAGUCAUGUGAGCAAUGCAGAAGUCAGUGAUCAGAAACCUGAAUCUUCAAGCCUUGGUUCAAACCUUCCCAUGUCCAGUGAGAUUAUGACAUGCACUGAUUAUAUCCCAAGGUCAUCAAAUGAUUAUACCUCACAAAUGUAUUCUGCAAAGCCGUAUGCACAUAUCCUUUCUGUACCUGUAUCGGAAACAAUGAGCCCUUACCCUGGUCAGACUCAGUACCAAGCACUACAGCAGUCUCAGCCCUACACCAUCUACCCCCAGACCACCCAAACCUACGGACUACCUCCUUUCGGUGCACUGUGGCCAGGUAUGAAAUCUGAAAGUGGUUUAAUUCAGACUCCAUCUACAAGUCAGCACAGUGUUCUUACCUGCACUACAGGGUUAACCACAAGCCAGCCCAGCCCAGCACAUUAUUCUUAUUCCAUUGAAGUAAUUCUUAAUUUUACAGCAUCAACUACCAAUGCCAGUCCAGUCUCUACAUCUUCAACUGUAGUCAAUAUUUCCACAUCAGCAGUAGCCAGCAUCUCACAGGAAUAUCCUACGUACACGAUCCUUGGCCAAAGUCAGUACCAGACAUGUUACCCAAGCUUUGGAGUCGUAACACCAGCAGACAGCAACACGGAGAGUACUGCAUUAGCAACAACUACGUAUCCAGCCGAAAAACCAAACACCUUGGUGCCUACGCGGACAGUGCAGAGACAUUCCUCCGGAGAUGCAUCCACAAGUCCUUCAUUAUCAAAAGCAACAGCAAGUAAAGAGUUAGAUGAGCAGGCAAGAAAAAACAUCCCUGGGAAGAACAGGGGGAAGAGGAAAGCAGAUACCUCCUCCUCACAGGACAGUGAACUGGAGCGAGUGUUUCUCUGGGACCUGGAUGAGACCAUUAUAAUCUUCCAUUCACUUCUCACAGGGUCUUAUGCUCAAAAAUAUGGCAAGGAUCCAACUCUUGUGAUUGGCUCAGGUCUGUCAAUGGAGGAGAUGAUUUUUGAAGUAGCUGAUACUCACUUGUUUUUCAAUGACUUGGAGGAGUGUGACCAGGUUCACAUAGAAGAUGUGGCAUCUGAUGACAAUGGCCAAGAUUUAAGCAACUACAAUUUCUCCGCGGAUGGCUUCAGUGGCUCAGGAAGUAAUGCAAAUCACAGCUCAUCAGUUGGUGUCCAGGGUGGAGUGGACUGGAUGAGAAAACUGGCCUUCCGCUACCGCAGGGUACGAGAGAUCUACGACAAAUACAAAACUAACGUUGGAGGCCUUCUUAGCCCACAGAAAAGGGAAGCUCUGCAGCGACUAAGGACCGAUAUAGAAGUGCUAACGGAUUCCUGGCUGGAAACUGCAUUAAAGUCCCUGCUACUCAUACAGUCCAGAAAAAACUGUGUGAACAUCCUGAUCACAACCACCCAACUGGUGCCAGCUCUUGCCAAAGUUCUCCUGUAUGGAUUGGGCGAGGUGUUUCCCAUCGAAAAUAUUUAUAGUGCUACAAAAAUAGGUAAAGAGAGCUGUUUUGAGAGGAUUGUGUCACGAUUUGGAAAGAAAGUCACCUAUGUGGUAAUUGGAGAUGGGCGUGAUGAAGAGGUUGCAGCUAAGCAGCACAACAUGCCUUUCUGGAGGAUAACAAAUCAUGCAGACCUCGUGUCCCUUCACCAAGCCCUCGAGUUAGACUUCCUGUAAGAAGUCGGAGCAAAGGUGUUACUGCAGCUCCUGCAAGCACUCUCCAUGGCUGGGGAGGUGGAAAUCUCAUACAUUUGGGGACUCGCUUUUCAGCUUGAUGAAGAAAACAUGCCUAAUGCAAACUGUACCGUAGAGCAUGACACCAGGUCAUUUCCUCAGGAGCGCAGGCCCUGCCAAGUACAAAGGUCCUAUAAGGAAGCACUAGCCUCAGCAAAGCUAGAGCUUGUCUGAAGAAGAGACUUACAGAAGCCAGCUGAAUUCCUCUAGCAGGUAGUCUCCAGAGGGAGGGGGUGAUACAACAGCAGAAGUAUUUGUAAGAGCCUUCUCCUUUCUAUUCAGCUUAGUUGUAGAACCCCAGUAAACACAAAACCUUAUUUUUAUAGAAAAAUACUGAUGGCAGAGCUGAACCUCCCUUGUUUUGCAAAGCCGAAAAGAGCUAUGUUCUUUUUUUUUAUAGGAAAUAUUAAUGAAAAUGUCAAAAGUACCUCUAUUGCUGUGAAAUGUGUCCUCUCUCCUUUCCUGGGUGUUCAAAGCAGUUAAUUUAUUACAAUGUCCUUAUGUUAUUUUCUCAGCGUGGGAUUACUGGAAAAUAGAAAGAUGAGGGAAUGUUUCUGGGAUACGUGGUUCCCUGUAGAGGAAAGUGUAGGUGUUCCGAGUUGAUGCCGGUGGCUUCUAGUCAGUGUGUGCACAAGCCCUGUUAACAAGCAGGAGAUCAUUGGAUUCCAGCUAUCUGUGACCCACCAUAGAUCCCACAGAUUUUCCCUGCAAAGGAAAACAAAACUGCCUAUGAACAUUAGAUACAGCACAACGCUAUUGCAGACUGCUCAGAUGUGAACAGAGUCCUUGUCUGGACUAGGAAUAAUUUGAGAGAACUAAACGCUCAUGAAUGUUACAAAGAAGGGUAUGGCUAUUAACCUUCACCUCUGCUUUCCUGACUCCAUUUGUGAGUAAGUUCCUUUUAGUAGAAUCAGAUUCAAUUGUCUUGUAUUCUUCUUUGCAUUAGCCUAACUACAUAGUUAGAAACAAAACCCUUGUUAAGAGGGACUUAAUUUUCUAAGACACUGUGACUUGGCAGCCUGGAGCACACUGGCCUUGGGAGUGAUGGUUACGCUGAUUUUUCUGCUACCAUCUCAGAAAAAAAAGCUGGAGUCAGUGACCUGCAGUACCACUAGCCAAAAUUGCCAGCUGGAGACUGGGGGCUGGCACGGGGUGCUGGUUUGGUGCCAGACCAGGCUGUGUUCAGUGGUAUCUGCCUCCUCCCUUGUACCCCGAUGGCACCAAAUCAGCAGGUGCCGAGGUUCCUGCACAGAUGACAGAUUGCUGUGCCCUACCGCACACCUCUGCUGCUCCUGCUGAGCCAAACACCGCAGCUGCACCCAAACCCCUCCCAAUCUCCACCCCAGCGUGACCCUUCUGGGACCCACAGGGGACUGGUCUGAAAGUGUGUCACUUCAGGGAGGACGCUGACCUGCUCAGGCUGCGCCCAUAGAAGCUGGUGAUGUGUUUGCUGCAUUCCUUUCAUGGCAUUAAUUACUGAGGAAUAAUUUCCUUCAGUGCUGGGAGUUGCUGGGCCAGCUCAGCACAUGUUCUGCUGUGCCCCAGGAGUGUCUGCUCCUGGGCCAGCUCCAGUCACCACUGUGGAGGGGUUUGGAUCUCCAGAGCUAAGGGACUGGACACAAAGGUCUCAGUUUCACAUGUUCCUAGCUCCAGUUUUGCUUUUUAUAAAAAAAAAAAUCAGAGGAGAUUCUCCAAGGUGGUCACAGGAGUCAGGAGUGGUCUGCUUUCCAUCCAGCUCCUUCCUAGGUGUUGGCCUUGUGCUGUGAUCUCAGGUGGAUGCUCUGGGUCUGCGUAUUUCCCCAAGAACUCUCCGCUUCAGGAGCGUGCCGUCUGUGUAGAAGCUGCUGCUUGUGAGCAACGUGACCUCUUGUCCCAUUAGAAAAAUCAGAGGAGCCAAUUUCUGCUGCGGGUGUUGCUGAACAGCUCGGUGUCUCUUGGCUGCAUCUGGGGCAUGCUGGGACCUGCUGUGCAGUGCUCAGCAGCAGGGUUGAAGAGAAGCAGGAGCCCACAGGGGAUGUUCUCCCAUCUGCUGUGUACACCAGGUGGAGAGCUCAGGUGUGUUACCAGGUGUUCCCACGUAGCCAGGGCAGCCCAUGUCAGUGUGUGCUAGUGCUUCACAGCAGCACAGGCCCUGUGCAGAGCAGGGAGAGAUGCUACAGGGCUACAGCUCCAUGACUGCUGGGUCCAUAACAAGUCCAGUUCAUGUGGGGUCCCUGUGAAGUGUCAUUACUGUGUCAGCUGGAGCAGAUCUGGUAGGAGGUGAGUCAUGCCGAGAAGCAGCCCCAUUGCUCCCAGAGUCUGAAAUCUUACCAGAAGAUCAGGUCUUAUUUGCAGUCACAGAAGAGUCUGUGCUGGAUCCUGAACAUCUGUCUGGAGGUCCCCAGCCCAUCCAGAGGUCUCCUGCAAGCAGGCUUGGGAGAUGUCCCAGCCUGUGAAACAGCCUCUUCGGAGCAUGUCUGGUACUCUGGCUGGCUGAACUUUGGGAUUAAAACCUGUGCCUUAACCUCCCACCAUCCGACCUGGCUGAGCAGCCCCUUUGCUUCACUAACGUCCAAAGCAGCUUGCAGGAGAGCCGUGCUGGCCCACGCUGGGAGGUGGGAUGUGUUUGCCCAGGCACUCGCAGCGAGUGCUGGACCCAAGGUACCAAGCAGCCCGUCAGCUGGCUGGCUUUGCUUUGUGUUUGUUUACUUUAAAAUGUUUUAAGGAAAAUUUAAGAUGUCGGCAAAAUUUUAGCUGAGUGUGGAACUCUUGCAGCCAGUGACAUUUCAUACUGAUAUUUAUACGAUGUUCCCUUGAAUGUAUGUAAAGUACUUUUAUAAUAGCAGGUUGAUGGUACAUUUCUGUGUUUAUGUUUAAUAAAGGUUGACCUGGCUAUUUUAUUUUUUUUCCUCUGCUGGCUGAAUUUAAGACUUUUCCUGUCUCUCGUGUGGCAGGAACAGCAUCUCUAUCCAAGCAUUGAUUUUGUUCUGUCUCUGUGCUCUCCUGUUACCCCUGACCUGGCUGUAGCUGAACUGGUGACAAACAAUGCCUGAAUGACAGCCAGCCUGCUGGCCCAGGGUGCUGAGGCCGAGCCCACCUGGCUGCUGCUGGCCUCUGCUCCAGCUUCAGUGCAGCUGCACAGGCUUUAAAAAACCCACCUGAUUCAGUAAUACUUGCUGCUGCCAAGAGCCCUGGGGGAGAUGUCCGUGCUGGGGCUCAUGGAAAACGGCAGGACCCCAGAGCCCCCAGCAGCCCUUGCUGUGCUACUGAGGGGGUGAGCCCUGGGCUCUGCUGGCUGCGCAGCCUUUGCCCAUUCAUGGUCUGUGUAAUGGGAACUGUCCUGUGAACUGGAAAACAAAAAAUAAUAAAGUCUUUAUUUUCUAUA